AUGCCUAAGAACCCGCUCAAGAACUUUGCCCGUCGCAAGUCCUCCGGAAACAUCCUCGACCUUCCUUCAGAAUCCACCACGUCAACCGCGCCGGCCUCUUCCAGCUUCCGUGUCAUCGAAAGACCCGACAAGGUAGCUACGACAGUCAACGGCGGACGGCCUGGAGGUCCUGUGAAACGGACAAGUGGCGGGCGACCGGGAUCGAGCAUCCUCUUGAACAGGAAGUCGGGCAAGUCGCAGGAGGACUUGCUAGCAAGCGCGAACAGGUCGGUCCCCGAAAAGAGCCAGAGUCGGCCACACACAGUCUACGGGGCGCUAAAAUUGGGCAGGGGCAGUGGCGGAACAGCCCUCUCGGGUUCUUCGGGCUACUUUGACAAUUCGUCUUCCUCUGCACGCUACAGCUCUUCGUCCACUCUUCCCUCUUCCAUCGAGGCAGAACACGAAGCAGAGAACGAGGACCUUUUCCCUCGAAAGACGGCUGCCAACGGCAACAGUAAUCUCAGCAGCAACCGAUCCUCGGCCGCAUCCAACGCGGUUCCCGAGCCACCGUCGUUUUCCGCCCGCGCAGGUAGGGCUAUGUCCUUUGGUUUGAGAAGCAAGCAGAACACCAGCCCCGGCACCAUGACUGCUGCAACGGCCCACAUGCCUGACCUCCCCGAGAACAGCUUUAUUCGUGACCGUGCCACAACCAUGAGCAGCAACGCAAGCACCGCUGUACCGCCGAGGAUCGACGCUAGCCUAGGCUCCAUGUCUGACUUUGGCAGCGACUUUGGCAUGAACAUGUUUGAGGGAUUGAGCUCACCGAGGCAAGCCAAGAGCAACAUGGCAGCCCCGCAGCCUGCGCACGACAACUAUGGUAGAUCGGUACGUCGACAACAAUCGCCAGGCUUCAACAACUACAACAACGCUUACCAACAACGUCCUUACCAACAGGCAUCCCAGCCCCUACCUACUCCAUCGGCUCCUCGCCAUGAACCCACUCCUUUACGAGAGCCCGAGGCGGAGGCCGAGACCGAGCCCGAGACUCGUCACAGGCCUGCCAACUUGUCUGCUGCCGCAGCAAAUCGUUACUCAUGGGCAAGCAGAACCUCCAACGAUGGAUUGAUGUCCCCAGCCUUGGGCUCUGAUAUUUCCUCGCCUCCGCUUAAUCCUCCCUCAACCUUCGCUCGUUUCAGACCUGGAUAUCAGCCCGUGCCCGAUCGCUAUGGCUCUCCCGCGAAUGAGCCCGAACACGAACGAUCGAACAGCUAUUCUAGCGAGGACGAUGUUUCACAACCCAUCUCGCGGACAAAAUCACCCCUCGUCGAAUCAUACACAGCUCCCACCUCCCCACAGAAAGCCACCCCGGCCCCCAGAAAUCCCACCAUCUCCACAGUCGGUGGGGACGAAGCAGGCGAGUCUCAACACACAACUCCUCGCGCCAACAACCUACGACCCACAAGCAACACCUCGGACGGCCUGUACGAUCACUCUCCCAAUGGCCCGACAAGCCGUGCUGUGCAUCCUGCAGCUGCUCCGAUCGCCCCAAGAGCCCAGUCUGGUCAGCUUUCACCCACCAAGAGAAUGACGAGGAAGGAGUUCGAGGCUCAGCGUAGAGUGGUCAGCCCUGAUGAGAGUGAAGAGUCUGAAGAUUCCGAGGACGAAGGCUAUGAUGACGAUGAUGAGGCAGAGCGUCAAGCAGAGCUCGCUCGUCAAAGGCGCAAGCAAGAAGCCAACAUGUCUGUCUACAGACAGCAGAUGAAGAAGGUUGCAGGAGGAAACCCCUCCGAGCUCCCCUCGCAGACCAGUCGUCCCAGCCUGGACCGCGCCUCGUACAGCGCACCUGGGCUUACCAGGGACUUCUCCAGCGCUAGUCUUGGCGCAGAGGUAGACGAGGAAGAUGACGAGGUCCCUCUGGGUAUUUUGCAAGCCCACGGGUUCCCUGGCAAGAACCGUCCCCCGACUCGCCUUGGAAGCGCCCCUCCGACUCCCGGAGGUGCUGGUUCGGUCGUCAAUAACGGUAUGGGAGGUGGUAGUCUUCCUGUAUUUGCUCGCAAUCUUCCCGCGGAUCCCUACUUUGGGGCUGGUUUAGUCAACCCUAUCAACCGAGAGUCGCUCGCUUUCGGCUCUGGUGGUUCAGUAUAUGGCGGAGCGUCUCCUUCCAUGUACCAACUGCCUCAGAUGCCUCAAAUGCCCCCUCAACAGAUGCCCGGCAUGCCUCAGGCUGGUGGUGGUCUUGUUGGCGUUAUCGCCGGCGAGGAGCGCGCUCGCGCCGCCAGACGUGUUAAUCACAAUGGAGGCACUCCCUUCAACGCGAAUGGUCUCCCUCUUCCUGGAAACAUGAACAUGCCCCAGAUGCCUCAGAUGCCACGAUCAAACUCGAUGAUGAGCAUGGCUGGGCCGCAGAUGGGCCCGCAAAUGGGUAUGGGCGGUUUCAUGCCGCAGAUGCCUCAGAUGAUGGGAGGCGAUCAAAACGCUCAGCAAAUGAUGCAGCUCAUGUUCCAGCAAACUCAGAUGAUGCAACAGAUGAUGGCAAUGCAAGGUGGUCAGAUGCCUCAAAUGCCGCAGAUGCCUCAGAUAAAUUCUCCCCAGAUGCAGAAUGGGUUCCCUAACAUGUUGCCUAAUGGCAUGCAGAGACCCAUGUCCAUGGGCGGCCCGAACGGUCAGCAACCUGGCAUGCUUGGUCCUCAAGGCUCUAUGCACCAGCAACAAAGGUCUAGCACGAUGACAAACCUCCAGCCACCAGGCUACGCUGGAUCGAUGUACGACUAUAGUCUGAGCGCACCUCGUGGAGGUUAUACUCCAUCCAUCGCACCGAGCGAGCGUAGCAACGUCGGAAUGCCAUCGCGUUACCGUCCCGUGACUAUGGAAGGCUCCAACAGCCGUACUGCAAGUAUGACCUCGCAGUCUGGUAUCCAGAACUUCGCCAACAAGAACGCAUCUGGUUCUUUCCUGAACCCCAACAACAUCCCUGCAGCCAACGGUAGUAACGUGCCGCGCACCACCAUCAAGGUCAUCGACAAGCCCAAGGGCUCACCGAGAUCACCUCAAAUGAGACCUGACGAAGAAGACGAUGAUGAAGGCUGGGCACAAUUGCGCAAGAAGAGAGAAGAACGCAGAAAGCGCGGCACCGCUGGAAAAUCUCAGGAACAGACCCUUAAGGAGCUGUACAGCGGCUUCAACUAG